AUCCAGCAGCCUUCUUUCUCCUGUGAUGGAUCUGUGGCAGCGCGCGCAAGGGCUACCUGAUCCGACGCCCAGCGCGGCUCUCUUACUGGUUUCGAGGGACUGCUGCCGCCUUAUCGGGUUAUCACUCCGACAUGCUAGAGCUUGGCGCAAUUUCUUCAAGGGUAGAUAGAAGGGUGUCCCGUAUGGGUCGGUCGACCGAAGGCCGUGGUAUAUCUUGGUUUGUUCGUGGUUGUUCGAGUGCUGAGUGCACCUCCCUUUAGUCUCUGGAUAUGGGUCUACUCUGAUCUUUUGUUACAGUUGUAUUUUACUAUUUGUUAUCUUUGUAGAUGACGUAUGACGGUAUUUGUAAUGAAACCAUUUCGUUAUC